AUGCCUCUUCUCGGUCGCUAUCUGUUUGGCGGGUUGGUUGCUCACGACGGCGCCGAGACGCAGCAGGUCUGGUUCCGCGGGGCCGAGCGGCUUCCGCAGCUGCUGGUGCCCGUCAUCCGAACCAAGCAGGACGAGCUGCUCGAGCGCGACGCACCCGCCCAUCACGCUCACUCUGGCGCUGCUGGUUCUGCUGGGCAAGCACGUCGUCAGGACGGUAGUGGUGCUGGUGCUGGUGCUGGUGCUGGUGGCAAGUCGGCGUCCGAGCUCGCCGAGCAGGCCGACCGCGACUUUCUGCGCGAUCGCGUUGCGCGUUGCAGCAUCUCGGAAGUGAUGGACGAGCUGGCUGCAGUCACGGCAUUCAUGUCGUUUAGUCAGUUCGAGUCAGAGUCCGACUCUGCGGCCGCGGCUGCCACCGCUGCUGCGGCAAUGGGCGGCCAAACCGCACGAUUUCAGGGCACGAUGGGCACGGCAGCGGCCGCCAAAGCCCGCACAGCCAAGAUGAAGGCUGUGCUUGCGCAGACAAUGAGCGGCUCCACGGCAGCCGGAGCGGCGGGCGAGCCACGCACGGUCGCCAGUCUGAUGCUCGCCUCUUGCAAAAUUCUUUCCGCCAUUCCGUCCCAUUCUGCAGCUGCGAAAAAGUCGGGCAAGCACGGCGCCUCCAAGGCUGCACCCAGCAGCAUUCCUGUAGCCACGACCGAGUUUUUGCUGCAGCAGCUGACGCACCAGCUCACGCAGUUCCUGCUGGAAAUCUACCUGGCGGGCAACCCAACAUCCAUGGCCGAAUCCAUGUGUCCUUUGCUCGAGCUGGUCACCGAUGCGACCUUCCCGAUUCGUCAGGUUGUUGCCUUUGACAUCAUCUUCAACCUCGCGCUGCGGCUGGACGUGAUUGUGCACAUCCAGCGCACCGCACGCUCGGGCACCUCUGCCCAGGACUUGUUUGCGUCCACCAAUCCCCAGUCGCCGGGCUUGACCCGCACGGCCCGCCGUCAGCUGUCUCAGUCAAAGCUGGGCCAGCAUUUCGGGCCUGGUGAUGAUGACGAUGGCGACACGAGCGCUGACUCUUCCGUCGACUCUUCCCGCACCAACUCUUCGUCGUACGAAUCGCCCGGCUUUGGACUCGGCGGCACGGCAGCGCUGAGAAAGACCUCCAUGACGCCCACAAAGACGACCGACAUUGUCGCGUUUGCUCGGCUGACGCUGCUGUCGUCCCUGGCAGAGAUGCUCCUGUCGCUCGUGCAGUUGGAAGUCACCUCGCCCGACGUGUGGGAGUCGGCCAUCAAGUGUGUGCUCUUCCUAGCCCAGCGAGAUGCUCGCACACGUCAACGGCUGCUUGCCUUGGUCGACGUCAGGCUUUGGCCCACCUUGCUCUUCCGCACGCUCCCCGCCACGCAGUCGGCCUUUGCCUUCAACGCCAGUGCCGACGCUCCCAUCGUGUCGAGCAUCGCCGCCCCUUCGCCUUCCUUCCAGCAACUAUCGACGGGCGUCGCGAGCAUGCGGUAUCUCUCGCCAGCCAUCGAAGGAGAGCUCGCCACGCUUUGGAAGCAGGCGCUCUUCCGCUUUGGCUCGCUCGACACAUCUCAGCUCGUGUACUCGAUUUCUUCCAUUCCAGACAGCGGUCCGCAUGGCGUGGCUGUACUUGUGGGGCUGUUCUCGUUCACUCGUUCGCUGCAAGCCAAACAAGCCAUCUUUACGCUGUUGUUCUACUAUGUUGUAUCCAAGCUAGCUCCCAGCAACAGUGCCAUGCGAGCGGAUGCUUCCGAGGUGACCAACGUGUUUGAAUUUCUUCUCCACCAUGUGCAUGCCUACUCGGGAUUUGAUGCUCUUUUCAAGUUUGUUCCCGAGCGCCUUGUCGAGUCGGUUUCGUGCUUUUUGCUCGUCGACAUUCCCAAACAAGGCGGCGAAUCGGCCGGUGUGGCCGCCCGUCUCUCGCGCACAGUCCUUGUUGCUGUGCUUUGCGAGCUCGAGCAGUUGGCCGUUUCGUAUUUGAAGCUUCACUCUACCCUCUUACAAUCCAUUCCAACAGUACCUGAGGCUGAUCGCGUUGGAGUUUUGAAAGCCCUCCUGACGAGCGAGGAGCCUUCAGACCGCAACCAGGGCGAGCGAUGGCUGUUCAACCUGCUGCUCGAGCCAUUGCAAAAUAACUCGCUCAAACUGAAAAAAUCGUCCAAGCCGACACCUGAAACCAUGUUGCUCGAGCUUUUGUCAUCAUCCAACCCCAAGGUUCGACUGAUUUACUUGCGCAUCUGCGAUCGAGUGCUUCUUUACUACCGAAGCCAAGCUCUGAAAAACGUCAAUGCCGUGUACGACGUCAUGAAACUGUGCAACGAGCUUUUCGGUUUUGUGCUGCUUGUUCAAGAGCGAGACGAAGGCAAUCUUGCGGUGUUGGUUGACUUGCUAUUCAAUCUUCUCUGCGUUCCUACUGAAACCGGUCUGCGCGAGAACAAGUCCCGAAGCAUGGUCGAGCUCUUCUUGGCCGGAGAAGCUUACGUUUCUCGUAAUCUGUUGGAGUCGCUUCACGUGGUUGUGCUGCAGCACUUGCUCGAUGCCUUUGAAGCCGAGCGAGCUGCACUGCUGCUGCUCAUCAUUGAGCUGUGCAAGGCUUCGCCCACUUUGCUUGAUUCUGUCGGUGGUCGAAGCUACUUUCGUCGCCUGUGUGCGUCGCCUGAUGCUCGCCUUGCUCUUCAUGCUAGCGAAUUCCUGAUUGACAUGUUCAAGAGCGCGCAUGCCAAAGAAUACCAGCAAUUUCUCAAGUUUUGGGCGGAUGGCUCAAGAGCAGCAGGCGACGACUCGGACAGUACAGCACAGCUCCUUCUCGAAAACCCUUACUUGCAACUCAACGCAAUCAUGGAGCAGCUCCACAGUGGUGCUGGAAACGCCGGCACGACGACCAGCAGCAGUCGUGCGUAG